AUGCAUGAUCUGGAUACCCAAGAAUUCAUGUCUCUCCCAAACACCAUGUUCCCUUCACGUGGGUCAAGCCGUAGUGGCUCAGAGAGCGAUAUGCCAAGAGGUCUUGCACCAUCUCACGCUUUACGCCCUGCUCCAUUGGGUGCCUCUGGCCUCAGUGACGUGCCACUGAACGCGCUUCACACGCCUUCGGACUCUGGAUUCUCAGAUGAUUCCUAUGGCUCUGGCUUCCGGAGUAUAGCCAGUUCUCGGUCAAGCCCGCCAGAGUCAGAAGCGGCACACUCACGACAGGUUUCCAAGGUCAGCCGCUCAGAUUUCGUUGAUGAGGAACCCAUGGAACCCGUUCCAAGAAGCGCAAGCCCCGAGUCUUAUGCCGAAGGACGACCUGUCCGCGCGCCUAGAAGCUACAUGAGAUCUGAUGGAUCAGGACCGGUUCCACGAGCACUUUCGCCAGGAUGGCGCCAGCCCACCUUCCCUCCAGGAGGUUAUGCCAAGUACCCAGAAUCUCCGCUGGACCCUGCUGUCCAGAUGGGUGCGAUAUCACCUCGCACGAGGGACAUCAGUCCUGCACGGGACCCAGCGGAAGUCAGUGGAAGCGAAUCAACCCCCAUGGCAACAUACGAAUCACGCCAAGCCGAAGUGCGUCGACCAAGCAAGGCAAGCAAGGGCAACUGCCGCGGUUGCUCCGAACCCAUUGUCGGAAAGUCUGUCAAGGAUUCUUCGGGCCGUCUCACCGGACGCUACCAUAAGCACUGCUUUGUAUGCAGAACCUGCUCGGACCCCUUCCCCACUGCCGAGUUCUAUGUCUACGAGAACUCGCCUUACUGUGAACACCACUACCACAAGCUAAACGGGUCUUUAUGCAGCACCUGCAAUCAUGGUAUCGAAGGCCAAUACCUCGAAACCGACACCCGUCAAAAGUUCCAUCCUAGAUGCUUCACCUGCACGACGUGCCGUAUCGUCCUCCGCGACGGCUAUUUUGAAGUCUCCGGUCGAAGAUACUGCGAGCGCCACGCACAAAGCGCCGCAGCACCACCAAGAAGUCGUCUUGGACCCGGAAACUACCAACCCCGAAACCUACAAAAACGCGGAACGAGACUCAUGAUGAUGGCGUGA